AAGAGCGUGGUAAAGUGUCAAACUUGUACCUCCUUGAUUCGUACUUGAACUGCGUCUAAUUGUUUGUUAAUUAAAUAUACACAUAAAUAUUACAUAUUCCACCGGUCUGUCAUUUUGUAUAGUGUGGCUACGUGACUGUAAAGACUGACGUUAUGGCGGCCACAAGCAACCCUUAUGAAAAAUAUCUUAAGGAUAUUAACAUCAAUGGAAAAACAUUUAAAUAUUACGAUUUAAGUGCAUUAGGCAGUAAAUAUGAUCGUCUGCCCUACAGCAUCAGGGUACUCUUAGAGUCAUGUGUCAGGAAUUGUGAUAAUUUCCAAGUCCUGGAGAAAGAUGUGGAGAAUGUUCUUGAUUGGGAGAAUAAUCAGAAAGUUGAGGGUGGAGUGGAAAUAGCGUUUAAGCCUGCGAGAGUUAUAUUACAGGAUCUGACAGGGGUGCCAGCAGUAGUCGAUUUCGCGGCCAUGAGGGAUGCUGUAAAGGGUUUAGGUGGCAACCCUGAUAAAAUAAACCCCAUUUGCCCCGCGGAUUUGGUUAUUGACCAUUCAGUACAAGUUGAUUUCGCUAGAGCGCCUGAUGCGUUAAAUAAAAAUCAAGAAUUGGAAUUUCAGCGGAAUAAAGAGAGAUUUCAAUUUUUAAAGUGGGGGGCCCAAGCGUUUGAUAAUAUGUUAAUAGUACCGCCUGGAUCUGGUAUAGUACAUCAAGUAAAUUUGGAAUACUUAGCAAGAGUGGUAUUCACUAAUGAUGUAUUACAUCCAGACUCCGUUGUGGGCACGGACAGUCAUACGACAAUGAUAAACGGUCUAGGGGUAGUCGGUUGGGGGGUUGGGGGUAUUGAAGCGGAGGCGGUGAUGUUAGGACAAGCUAUAAGUAUGUUGUUGCCUAAAGUAGUGGGGUAUAAAUUGGUUGGUGAAUUAAAUCCUUUAGCAACGUCCACUGAUUUGGUACUGACUAUAACUAAGCAUUUACGCUCUUUAGGAGUUGUGGGUAAAUUCGUAGAGUUCUUUGGACCUGGUGUUGCCGCGCUCAGUAUAGCUGACAGAGCGACUGUUGCCAACAUGUGUCCCGAGUUCGGUGCCACGGUAGCACACUUCCCUGUAGAUAAUAGAUCGCUGCAGUAUCUUGUGCAGACAAAUCGUUCUGAUGAGAAAAUAAAAAUCAUCGAAGCCUACCUUCGCGCUACGAAACAAUUCCGAGACUACACCAAUUCUAAUGAAGAUCCGAUAUUUUCUGAGGUUGUGGAACUAGAUUUAGCUACUGUAGUGACCUCAGUCAGUGGUCCAAAAAGACCUCAAGAUAGAGUCUCCGUAUCUGUCAUGAAGAAGGAUUUCAACGAUUGUCUGACAAAUAAGGUUAGUAAAUAAAGUAUAUUAUAUCUCGA